AUGGAUGCUCAAUUUUCUGCCAUUCCUCCGCAGCACGAAGAAGCUGAUGUUCAUCCUGAAGCAACGCACCUUGGCAAGGAUCUUGAGGGAAUGGCUGAACCCGAACACUCAGUACAACCCACAGAUACCCAUUUGCAUGAAGAGGACCUUUUCGCAUCCCAGGAAGCACAUCCUGAUUUCACAAAACCUGAAGAAGAUCUGACUAGUGACUAUCAUCAUGAGGAGCACGAAAAGCAACGCAUUGCGCAAACUCCCGACACAGAUGAUCAUGUAAUCCCGCAUGAAAUGUCUGCUCAGUUUGCGGCCAUCCCUCCACAGCACGAGGAAGCUGAUGUCCAUCCCGAAAUUUCUAAAGGUCUUGAUGAAAUGGCUGAGCCUGAACACCCAGUACACCCUACAGACACCCUUGCACAUGAAGAGGAGCCUUUGCCGUCCCACGAGGCACAUCACGAUUUCACCAAACCUGAGGAAGAUCUGACUGGUGGCUAUCAUCAUGAGGAGAAGGAGGAGGAACAUCAACACAUGGCCCAAACUCCUGACGCGUUCGAGCACAGUGAUGAUCAUUUAAUUCCCCAUGAAAUGGAUGCUCAAUUUGCAGCCAUUCCUCCGCAGCACGAAGAAGCUGAUGUUCAUGCCGAAGCAACGCACCUUGGCAAGGAUCUUGAGGGAAUGGCUGAGCCCGACCACACUGUUCACCCUACAGACACCCUUGUACAUGAAGAGGAGCCUUUGGCAUCCCACGAAGCACACCUUGAGCUAACCAAACCCGAGGAAGGUCUGACUGGUGGCUAUCAUCACGAGGACGAGGAGCAUCAACAACUGGCCCAAACUCCUGACGCAUUCGAGCACGGUGAUGGUCAUGUAAUCCCCCAUGAAAUGGCUGCCCAAUUUGCGGCCAUUCCCGCGGAACACGAAGAAACCGACGUCCACCCCGAAGCAAUGCACCUUGGCAAGGAUCUUGAGGGAAUGGCUGAACCCGAACACACAGUUCACCCUACAGACACCCUUGUACAUGAAGAGGAGCCUUUGGCAUCCCACGAAGCACACCUUGAGCUAACCAAACCCGAGGAAGAUCUGACUGGUGGCUAUUAUCAUGAGGACGAGGAGCAUCAACACCUGGCCCAAACUCCUGACGCAUUCGAGCACGUUGAUGGUCAUGUCCUCCCACAUGAAAUGGAUUCUCAAUUUGCAGCCAUUCCUCCAAAGCACGAAGAGGCUGAUGUUCAUGCCGAAGCAACGCACCUUGGCAAGGAUCUUCAUGAAAUGGCGGAAUCCGAGCACACAGCACACCCUACAGACAUCCCUGUACACGAAGAGGAACCUUUGCCAUCCCACGAGGCACAUCAUGAGUUCACCAAACCCGAGGAAGAAGCUGUGACUGGUGGCUAUCGUCAUGAGGAGGAGGAGCAUCAACACCUGGCUGAAACUCCUGACGCGUUCGAGCACGGUGAUGAUCAUCUGCUUCCGAAUGGCAUACCUACAGCAUUCGUCCAACCUCCUGUUUCGCAGGAGGAGGUGGACUUCGAGGCCGAGGCAGAACGGCAUUUCUCCAACGUUGGCGGUGCUGAGGAGUACGAACAUAAAAUGCAGUCGCCGGAGACACAUGAACAACUAGCACCGGGUGUUCCCGUCCAUGAGCCAUUUGGCCAAUUUACCGGGGAAGCUGAACACUACUCAGCUGAGCAUCCUGAUCUGUUGAAGUUCCAGGGAGCAGGCCAUCCAAUAAUUGGUUUCGGAGGAGACGCGUUCGGGCAGGUAAAGGCUGAAGCAGAAUCCUCCCAGGGUGCUGAAGAGGAGGAGGAGGGGGAGAAACAGCAGCAUAUUGAGACCUUGAGUGCAAACGAAGCAGCCCACCAGAUGUCGCCCCCCACG